GUUCUAGAACUCAGUAAUGAUAAGCGCACCACGACGUUACAGUGAUCAUUUCGUCUUGGUUAGUGCGGGAGAAAGAGCUCGAUGGCGAUCGCGAACUUCUUUAAAAAUUUCAGGUCCACUCACUUGCUCGGCGCAACCGGACUGGUGGUUGCGGCCGCCGGUACGGCAUACCUCGUCUGGCGGCUUCGAGAACGGGCGGAGCCAGAGGAAGACCAACAGCAGCUGGAGGCUCCAAUGGACGAUGUUGCUGGUGAAGACCAACAGCAGCUGGAGACUCCAAUGGACAAUGCUGCUGACAAAGACCAACAGCAGCAGGAGGCUCCAGUGGACAAUGUUGCUGGUGAUGACCAACAGCAGCUGGAGACUCCAAUGGACAAUGCUGCUGACAAAGACCAACAGCAGCUGGAGGCUCCAGUGGACAAUGUUGCUGUUGAAGACCAACAGCAGCUGGAGACUCCAAUGGACAAUGCUGCUGACAAAGACCAACAGCAGCUGGAGUCUCCAGUUGAUUAUGAUAAUGGAGACCAACAACAUCUGGAGACUCCAGAAGACGAUGUUGCUGACAAAAACCAACAGCAGCUGGAGUCUCCUGCUGAUGGCGACCAGCAUCCUAUCUUGGAUGAGGUACAGUUGCAUUGUGUUUUAUUAGCUAUUAGCAUUUUAUCCCGCUGAAGGAAAAAUAGAUGAAAAUAUUGCUUAAUAACUGAUUUUGGUCUAUGUCUAAAGAUUGUUGAGGAUGACAACCGACACCUCACUGCCUCAGAGUGCCAUCCGCUGCCUGGUCAUCCUCUUCUUGGUGCCAGAGUAAGAUCUGCCAGACACUCCCCUCUCCUCUUCUGUUUGCUUAAAAUGUUUGAUUUAUUGGAAUGUCGUCAAUCUCAAUAUGCUGUGACACCAAGAAUGAGGGCAAAGCACACAUGUGGCUUUCCUUACUCUAUACUGUCAGUUUUACUGUCAUUGUAUAUCUGCAUUUUAUGUAAAGACAUACAGUAUACCCGUUUCCUAUCGAUAGUUUUCCUUUACUGUUUAGUGUUUUUCGUUUCUUGCAGGCUUGCACAUAUUGUGAAUUUGUCUUAGCCAGUUAUUUGUGUUAUGCCAUAAUAUUCCUGUA